GAGUCAGUGCCGGUUAAUCCCGAAGGUUUAGGGCCCGCGGCUGGGUCCGGCUGUGUUCGGCCAGGUCGCUUGUGGUGUUGCUUGGCGUGGUGAGGCGGGGCGGCCGGCACCAUGUCGAGGCAGGCGAACCGUGGCACCGAGAGCAAGAAAAUGAGCUCGGAGCUCUUCACCCUGACCUAUGGAGCUCUGGUCACCCAGCUGUGUAAGGACUAUGAAAACGAUGAAGAUGUGAAUAAACAGCUGGACAAAAUGGGCUAUAACAUUGGCGUCCGACUGAUAGAAGAUUUCUUGGCACGGUCAAAUGUCGGGAGGUGCCAUGACUUUCGGGAAACUGCGGAUGUCAUUGCCAAGGUGGCAUUCAAGAUGUACUUGGGCAUCACUCCAAGCAUCACUAAUUGGAGCCCAGCUGGUGACGAAUUCUCCCUCAUUUUGGAAAAUAACCCCUUGGUGGACUUCGUGGAACUUCCUGAUAACCACUCAUCCCUUAUUUAUUCUAACCUUUUGUGUGGGGUGUUGCGAGGAGCCUUAGAGAUGGUCCAGAUGGCUGUGGAGGCCAAGUUUGUCCAGGAUACCCUGAAAGGAGACAGUGUGACAGAAAUCCGGAUGAGGUUCAUCAGGCGGAUUGAGGACAAUCUCCCCGCUGGCGAGGAGUGACCGUCGCAGAACUCGAGGGUGGCCAGCAGGAGCACCUGCUGGAGUCAGGAUGCCUCCGCGCUCCCUCUGCCCUCCAGAGCUAGGGACUCCUUCACGUGGAUGUUGUGUCUUCUCACCUUGUUUCCAUUCUCCGUGCCGAGAGAGCAGACGGCGAUAGAGUCCGUUUACCCCACAGAUGUGCGUGUUCAGGAGGGAAACCCUUUGCUCCCGUUCCUUCAGAGGGGCCGGAUGUAGUCAUCCUUGGCUGGACUGGAAAGAGCUCAAGCCGUGUAACAUUCCCGUGGAAAGUGUCCCAAGCAAAGCCAAGUCCUCUUUGACCCCGUAAAGAGGCCAGGCUGAUACAUCUAUUCCUGGGCCUUCUGAAGGCCAUUGGCAAAUGGCUGUCGGGAACCGGGGGUUGACGUGCCGGGAGGGGCUGGGUGGGAAUUUCUAGCUGUGUGUGACGCGAUGCAGCGCUCACCAGGAAACAAGAGCCGGUCAUGUCAGAAACGCUGACUUCUGGGAAGCCACCCAGAUCUCAUUCCUCCCUGCUUUUUGGAGGCAACAUCUCCUCUUUUUACAGAGGGUCCAUCCUUUUUUCUUACAGAUUCUUCAAUAAAGACACAUUCUUGAGUGAA